UCUUUCCCCGGUCCGGUCGAUUGUUUCGCGCGUUUUCCGUUUUCUUGUUUAUUGUUGUGAAAUACUGUGAAUUGUAAAAAAAAUGAAUUCGUGCACGGAUCCUCUGCGUUUAAACGAAAAGCGACUUUUCAAAGAACUGAAGGAAAGUCUGCCAAAAGGUGCAAAGGAGACUAGGAACAUUAUCGAAAUUCGUGAAGACAUCCUGUACGUCUGGAAUGCCGAAAAAUGCUGUAUUUUGAAAUUGGACGUUGCUGCCACUCGCGCAAAAGCUGAUCAGGAUGUUUCUUAUCAGUCUCUGCAUCCGACGGAUCCUCCAAUUUUUGAAGUGAGUCACCUUCUCAUAAACGAAACGGUGACGCAGUUAGUGCUCUGGGGUAAUUUGGGCGUCGUCGUCCUCGAAUUACCAAAACGUUGGGGCAAAGAGUCCACUUUUCUGGAAGGAAGGGACGCAAUUUCCUGCAUAAGUCACAAUCUAGAUGGAUUUGGUUCUCAAUCUGCAACAACAGAAAUCAGAAAAGCUCGUUGGCAUCCAGGAUCUACAAACGAUUCACAUCUCGUGGUAUUAACUUCUCAAAAUAUAUUCCAUCUGUACGAAUGCGAAAUUGGCGAGACACCAAGAUUGUUAAAAACUUGGAAAGUUGGACCAACUCCAUCCAUUUCACCAUCGAAAAUACCAAGUUUCGCAUCCCUUGGAGACACAGCCGUAGAUUUUGAUUUUUCUACCCCUAUCGUUCGGUCAGAACUUGAUAGAGAUAUUGAGGUCAACAGAGUGAACUGGAACCAAAUAGAAUGGCCCAUUCUUGUUCUUCGAGGAAAUGGAGAUGUUCUAAUUGUAAGAGGUGACAUUUUAACAGCAGGAUUCUCAACACCAGUCGUUCUAGGCACACUUUCUAUGUAUCCCCCUGCUGUUGAUAAUUAUGGGGUAGAUUCUUGCUCGAUUAUGUGCAUACAAACUACUCCACCGAUUGUCGUAAUUGCUGCCUGUACCGGAAAAAUAUAUCACGCCAUUUUACUUCCUGAAGACUUCGAAGACGAGGAAAAAAAGACUUGGUCUCAGUACGGUUCGACCUAUAGUCUUCAUACGCCAGACGAUGCUCUUUAUGUUUACGAAUGCGUCGAAAUGGAAUUAGGUCUUUUAUACACUGACGAUGAUAAAAAAUACACUUGUCCGAUUCAUCUCCACAGCGACAAGGGCAACAAAUCAAGGUACUUUUGCUCUCACAAUGCAGGAAUUCACGUUGUGAAUUUGCCAAUGGUUUCCCAGUUGGAUGAAUACAUCAGCGCUGGUGAAGAAAAUCUCGAUCUUUAUCUGCCAACGCUUACAAAUCAAUCAAAUUCACAAUAUUUGGUUUGCACUCGGACAAAACACACUGGAAUUGAACAGCCAACACCUAUUCUUGGUUUUGGUCUUUUGCAGGAACCUUGUGUUCUGAUUUCUCUUUUGCAUACCGGAGUGGUAGUUGAUUUAUCUGUGGUGGAUUUCCACUAUUUGCCGAAAAUCGAAUUGCCUCGGCCUGUUACUAACCCGAGCAGAAAGAUAACUAAGGAGCCCUUCGAUCUUUACAUUAAACAAUUUUUAAGACACGAAUCUUCUCAGCCAAUCACAAUGCUCGGACUUCGACAAAACCUGACUGCUCGCGAAUGUCUGGAGGUACUGUACAGAGCUACGACUAUCUUUAGAUCUCAACAUUUUUCAAGACACGAUAAAGUGCGGGAAGAAAUUGGAAGGAAGGUGCGAACUCUCAAGGCUUUAAAAAAUCAUCAGCUGAAAGAACUGGAAUAUCUGAUUGAAAUGAAGAAGGAACUUCAGCAGACGGCUGAAAAACUAGCUGAACGUUACGAGGACAUCAAGGAUAAUCAGGAAGACUUGGCUCGCCGAGCUGAAGAGGUUUUAAGACUUGUUAAUUUAAAAGAACCGUCCAUGACACCAGUGGAAAGGGCAGAAGCUGAAGAAAUGAGGUUGAUGGACGAUAAAGUUAAAGAAUUAGCUGUUCGUUUGGAACAACUUAAAAAGAAGGCAGAUAAGCAAAACUUGCAUGCGGAUGAUCGACAGAGAAAUGGCGAGAAAAAGGAAAUUGUCUUCAAAAAGAAGCAAGUAGAGACAAUCAAGACGAAUCUUUCACAAAUGGGAAAGGACAUUUCUGAUCUUGUUUCGCGUGCAAAAUCGCUGGAGGAAGAAGUAGAGUUGUAGUUUAGGUAUCACUUUUUUAAUAAAUGAUCAAUUGUAUUUCAUUAUUCUGAAUAAAGAAUUGAAUUAAA